ACACGCAGGCUAAGCAAUUGGUUCCGAACCCGGAGGAACCCAGGGCCAGGCGACGCCGGGUCACGUGGCUGGCUGCCUACAUGACGUGCGGGCUGCUGAGCGUCACCGUGACGUUCAGGCGACCUUCCAAGUGGCCAGGUUACCUCCGUCACCUGUGUUGGGGUGCUGUCAUGGACCUGGGACCGAUGCGCAAGAGUUACCGCGGGGACCGAGAGGCAUUUGAGGAGGCUCAUCUGACCUCUCUGGACCCCAUGAAGCAGUUUGCUUCCUGGUUUGAGGAGGCUGUUCAGUGUCCAGACAUAGGAGAAGCCAAUGCUAUGUGUCUGGCUACCUGCACCAGAGAUGGAAAACCCUCCGCCCGCAUGCUGCUGCUGAAGGGCUUUGGCAAGGAUGGCUUCCGCUUCUUCACUAACUACGAGAGCCGGAAGGGAAAAGAGCUGGACACUAAUCCCUUUGCCUCUCUCGUCUUCUACUGGGAGCCCCUGAACCGGCAGGUGCGUGUGGAGGGUCCUGUGAAGAAGCUGCCCGAGAAGGAGGCUGAGAACUACUUCCAUUCCCGCCCCAAGAGCAGCCAGAUUGGGGCUGUGGUCAGUCGCCAAAGUUCUGUGAUCCCCGAUCGGGAGUACCUGAGAAAGAAAAAUGAAGAACUGGAGCAACUCUACCAGGAACAAGAGGUGCCUAAACCAGAAUACUGGGGUGGUUACAUCCUGUACCCGCAGGUGAUGGAGUUCUGGCAAGGCCAAACCAACCGCCUGCACGACCGCAUUGUGUUCCGCCGAGGCCUGUCAACAGGAGACGCCCCUCUGGGACCCAUGACCCACCGAGGGGAGGAAGACUGGGUGUAUGAGAGACUUGCACCUUGACUCUGGACUCAGAAUGUUGGGGAUCAUCAGCUGAAAGAGAGUGGGGGAGGUCUGCUAAGAGAGGGUGAAGGACUGGGAGCGGGGUCUACCUUUCUCUGUGUGUGAGGGGGCACUUGGGUUUAAACCUAGGACCUUGCUCAUGCUAGGCAACACUCUACCACUGAACUAUAGUCCCAGUAUUUUUUCUUAACCUUGUAUUUUGGGACUAAGUUGCCUAGGCUGGCCUUGAACUCCCUGUGUCUGUAUGCCAGACAGCCCUCGACCUUGAGUUGUUCUUGCUGGAACUUUUGAGUAGUGGUGAUCACAAGCUUGAACCACCAGGCCCACUCUAGUCCUUACUUUUAAACUGAGCCUAUUUCUCUUCUCUAAGGGAAUCUUCUAUCUCAGUCUCGCCAGGACUCUGAGCUCGCCGAACUCAGCUGGCAUCUAGCAGCCGGAGUGGAGUGUGCUUGUGUCCUAGAGAGUCACAAAUGGCAAAGAAUCUCACAAUUAUCUCCCUUCGCUUGUGAUUUUUGGAACAGCCCCUCUUGGGGGCAGCAGCGGGUAUGCCUCAGUUUCCAGCAACCGAAUAAUCAGGCUGCAGAUGUGCGUGGCAUACCAGCCAUGGAAAGGAGCCAGGGCCAGUCUAUGUUUGCUGUGACUCAGCCAGGAUCAGAGAACGACUAUUUGCUCUGGUUGGCCUUGAACUCGUCACUCUGGACACUGUACUUGUUUUGACUUGAUGGGUGUGUGCUUCAUCCUCUGUCCCUGACCAGGACUCCCCCAAGGCAGUCCUUUCUUGUGUCGACACCCUACUUAUGCCUGGGUCCAGAAGGACAUUGACCCUGCCCUACCUCGCCCCUUUUGCUGUUGUGCCAUGGACUGUGACUUUAUUAGUAUGUGCAAAUGAGUUGUUGAGAACACCUUGUUGUACCCCCUCCUCUUUUAGGGGAUUGUGUGUCCCCAGUUUUUAGCGUGAGCUCAGCUGUCAUUUCCAACAUGCAAGUAAGUGUGUAAUAAAAACUUGUUGGUCGCCGGG